AUGACUCUAGUCUACUCGGUGUCCAUGCUGUCUGCUACGAGCAGUGCUGCGGCAGACUCGCCCACCGCUUCGCCGCGGAAGCGCAAGACGCGCGAGUCAGAGCAGAGCGGGGAGGAGAAGCUGGAGGAUCUGCUCACAAGUUCAAAGAGCAAGUUGACCAACCUGGACAUCAGCGACAUUGUAAACUACGCGAACUUCCUGGAGCUGUCACCCGAGACCCAACAACGCCUCUGUUCCAUGCUCCCUUCCACUGCUUUUUUGACCUACGUUCACUCAGUCUCCUCAACUCACCCCGACGCUCCUUCUCCUCAGCCCACCUCUGAUACAGAGGCAAUGGACGUCGACCCCGUUCCGCCCCCACAAGAGGAGGAGCGCUCACCCGCAACGCUCGACCCAGCGGUACUCACAUCACCUUUCUUUCUGUCUGCCGCACAUACCUUUCAAGAUCACCUUUUCUCCUCCUGGUUAGGAAAGAAGGCUGCAAGCGAUCUCGAGCGAUUCCUUGCGGGUGCUCGUGCGGGCACACUGAGUGCGGACUGGAAGGACGAAGUGUGGGCACGCGAUCAUGCUGCGCCCUCUAAACCCAAAAGGAAACAGAAGGGACCACUGGACCUCGCUGCGCUCGCGAAGCGCGGGUUUCUCCAAGUGGGAGACGUGCUUGCGUACCGGCGAACUUUUCCCUCGCUCGGCGUCACCGUUGAGAAAGACCUGCUCGUCGACACCGUCCACCCUACGACGCAUGCGCUCUGCCUCUUACUCUCCCCAGGCACCACACGCGCGCUCCCCGCGCCGCUCCUCCUCACACCCACGUACGACGACAAAACGCUCCUCGAGCUCGCCGACGUCACAGACGUCAUCGCGCUCGAGCGCGGCCUCCUCGAUGUCGACGCCCGUGUCUCGCACGCCGCCAAGAUGGCCGCCGACCGCGCGCCGUUCCCCGCCCUGACCUCACCCCCCUCCGGCUUUGCCCCCGGUCCCGCGUUCGCCCUCCCUGGGUCCGCCCGCCAUGCCGGCGCCACCACUCAUGCGGAAGACGCGGUGCGCGCGGCUGAAGCGGAGAUGAAGGCGUCGAUCGCGACUCGCGCGUGGAAGGCGUUCACCGUCUACCGCCGGAGCUCCGACUCAUCCUCGGCGGCGAGCGCAAUGGAAGGCGUGGAGAUCCCCCCGGAGCUUGCGCUCGAGAUGGGACUACUCGGGGAUGGAACUGGGAACGAUCGUGGGGGGCGGGGGCGUGUCGCGACGCUGUUCUACUUGCGCGGAUGCUGUGCUGGGGGCUCGUAA